AUGGGAAUACAGGGUUUGUUGCCGCAGUUGAAAUCGAUAAUGGCUCCGAUUCACAUAAAGGAGCUUGAGGGGUGCUCUGUUGCGGUGGACACGUAUUCAUGGCUCCACAAAGGCGCACUCUCUUGCAGCACCCACCUCUGCAAAAACAUUCCCACAACCAGGCACAUUGAGUAUUGCAUGCAUAGAGUGAAUUUGCUGCGCCAUUUUGGUAUUAACCCCAUUCUUGUAUUUGACGGUGGACUUCUACCCAUGAAGGCCGAACAAGAGAAUAAGCGUGCCAGGGUAAGAAAGGAAAAUUUCGCACGAGCUGUUGAACAUGAGUCAAAUGGAAAUAACACUGCUGCUUUUGAGUGCUACCAGAAAGCUGUUGAUAUUUCACCUCUCAUUGCGCGCGACCUAAUUCAGGUAUUGAGGCAGGAGAAUGUGCAAUAUAUUGUAGCUCCUUAUGAGGCUGAUGCUCAGAUGGCUUUCUUGGCCAUUAGUGGACAGGUUGAUGCAGUUAUAACUGAAGAUUCUGAUCUUAUACCAUUUGGAUGCCCAAGGAUUAUCUUCAAAAUGGACAAGUUUGGACAAGGAGUUGAGUUUCAGUACUCCAUGUUACAGAAGAAUAAGGAGCUUUGUUUUGAAGGAUUUGACAGGCAAAUGCUUCUCGAAAUGUGUAUCUUGAGUGGCUGCGACUAUCUUCAGUCCUUGCCAGGUAUGGGCCUGAAAAGAGCUCAUGCAAUCAUUAAAAGAUUUAAAAGUUAUGACAAGGUUCUUAAGCACUUGAGAUACAGUGGUGUUUCUGUGCCUCCCUUAUACGAAGAGUCGUUCAGGAAGGCUAUAUUGACUUUCCACUUUCAACGGGUGUAUGAUCCAAUUAAUGAAAACGUUAUUCAUUUAUCGAAUAUACCUGAUGAUAUUGGUGACGAGUUAGAUUUUUUAGGCCCAUCACUGCCAAAAGAUAUAGCACAAGGCAUAGCAAAAGGAGAUCUCGAUCCAUUUACCAAAAUGCCAUUUGAGGGGGCGAUUCUUAAUCCCGGAUUAGCAACUGCUGGAACUUCACAAUUUAAAACUAUUCAUUCUGAAAGUGUGAAGAAAAAGAUUGAUCUGCCUGUGCAAAAGAAUCUCUUGACUAAGUAUUUUUGUUUUGCAUCUGUUGAAGCAAAAAGGAAUUUCAGAGCACCUCGGGUACAACCCACCGCUGCUAAUCAUGGUACAUUUGAUUCCUCUUUUAUCAAUUCUAUGGAUCACGAAACUUCAGAGGCUACAGCUAGCAAGACAAAGAACUCCGCUGCCACUUUAGUUGACUCCGAGAAUUCGGACCCUGACAGUAGCCCUCCUCCUGCAAAUGACUUUAUUGAAAACAGCUUAGCAACCAAUUUUUCUGAGUAUAUGAAAUCUCCAUCUCAUGUUUCUAUGGUGGGUGAAAGAAACAGAAGUCCUGAAAAUACAGCACUACGACAAGUUAGGCAGCCAAUUCAUAAACCCUGUGUGGGGUUGCAUAAGGAGCAUGAGCAUGCACUUGUUCAAGACACGAUUGAGUCAAAAACCAAGGAGGUUACAAGAAAGGUAAUUGUAAGGAGUGCUUAUUUUCAGCACAACAAAGUAGAAAAGAAUGAUUAUGAUGAUAAACAAGCUCACCCGUCUGAAGCUGGCACUUUAAUUGGUGAGAAAAAAAAUUCCAUAUCCGACGGUGAUUCAAGUGGCAAUCUUGUGAAGAAUAAAGACUUGAAGAGGAAAACCUCCCCUAAUGACAACAUUCAAAAUGAAAAUUUGCAGCCGAGGUCUAUUUGUCCUACAUCACCCCCUCAUGAUAAUGGUUACUCUGAUCACAAUGUUGAUACACCAGAUGGAAAAAAUAAUAACGGUGAAGAGAAAUUCGGUGUAAACAUUUCCCAUCUAGGCCAUUAUUCAGAAAUAGCUGAGAAAUCUGUAGAAAGAUUUGCCUCCGUGAUCUCAUCCUUCAGAUGCUCUUCUGGCUCUCGUGCCAGUGGUCUCCGUGCUCCUCUAAGAGAUGUUCGGAACAGUUGCAAUAACAGGCCAACAAAUGUGGAUUUCGGACAAUAUGCAUACGUGUCAAAACAAAGGAAGACCAGCAGAACUAAACUUGAUUGAAGAUUAUGUUAUCCUUUCAACACCAUCCUACCUUGCCCAGGCCCUGUAUUGAGUUCAUUUUCAUCGGGAACUGUAAAUUGUAUUCCUGAUUUAAUCACCCGUUUUUUCUUAUCUUUUGGAUUGUUUGCAUUGUAUUCCUUCAUUUAAUAACCACAUCUAAGAUCAACUUUGUCUCAAGAAUCAAGAGCAUUAUUGAAACAGAGGAAGCUUUAA